AUUACAGUUAAUAUUUCAGAGUGCAGAAUGCUAGUAUAUACAAAGAAACAAUUAAAGUCAGUCAGCAGUCAGUUUUCUGUAAUUCACACGGGAAAUACUGUUACAAAGGAUUAAUCAUGAAAAACAAGACUUUUUGCCUGAUCUAUGAUGGGAAACUGUUGUUGUAAGACAAGACGUGCUGACUUCUGGAAUACCACUAAUGCUCCUCCUUCAACACAUACUGAUUGGAUGAAAGCUUUAGAUGAAUCAAAGUCUAUAACAGAUAUUUCAAUACCAGGAACACAUGAAAGCAUGGCAAGUACAAGUGCAAUUCCAUGGGUUGUAUGCCAAAGCCUAUCAUUAGGCGACCAACUUCAGAUUGGCAUUCGUUUUUUCGAUAUACGUUGUCGUCUGUACACAGACGAUUUGCUUAUUUAUCAGAAUAUGUUUAACUUGAAUUUCCAAUUUACACAGUGUUUAACCGACAUGGCUGAUUUCCUGGAUAAGCAUCCAAGUGAAUUUCUGCUUGUAAGGGUUAGAGACGAAUAUAAAUCAUAUCAUAGUGACAAAUCAUUCUCUGAAGCAGUUAGGGAAACGCUAGAAAAUUCCAAAGCAAAACUUUGGUCUGAAGAAAAGGUUCCAACCAUUGGACAAGCAAAAGGCAAAAUCAUAAUUCUAUACGAUUUUUCAAUUGCUAAGGAUGAGCGCAGACCAAUAGGCUUUCCCUAUAGGUCACUGAAAUGGCUGAAUACCGAAGAUUUGUGGAAUGCUCACAGAUUUUCGGAAAAAUGGAAUGCUGUAAAGACUCAUUUAGAAACAGCUUUCUCACAGAAUAAGGACAAUCAAAUAUAUCUAACUUACAAUAGCACUGCAUUGAGCAUUUGUACUCCAUGCUGUAUUGCCAAAAGGCUCAAUCCAAAGCUUUAUGAAUAUAUCAAUGGACAACAUGGACGUUUUGGAAUCAUAGCAAUGGAUUAUCCUGGACCUAAACUUGUUGAGAAGAUUAUCAAUUCUAAUCAUAACGAAAAUUAAACAUACCAAACUUUAAAGAUAACUCAUUUUGUGAAUAAGUAUGAUAAUAAAAGAUAUAUAUCAGAUAUGACUAAACACUACACUAAUUUAAUUGUUUAAGAAAUGGAGCACUUUGUUUAUUUUUGUUACAUCUACAUUUUACCCAACUGCUUAAAAUUAAAAAAAAGAUAC